AUGACGACACCACACACGCCCACCGAGUCCUCGGGCCUGCUCCGAUCGCUCUCCAAGUCGAACGUCUUUGAAGAGACCUCGCGCGUCCUGCGGUCCAUCUCACGCUCCAACGCGUUCGAGGAAGACCCGGCCACGCUCACGACCGCGCUCUACGCGUCGGCGACCGUCACCGAGAUCCACACGUCGCCGUUGCAGGCGUGGCUGGGCACAUUCAUCCUCGCUGCCAGCCUCAUCACUGUCUCGUCCGUCGGCAUCGCGCUCGACCUCCAGACCGGCGUCACGCCGCUCCUCAAGCUCUUCUGGCGUAUGACCGCGACUGCGUUCUUCAUGGGCCUCUUCGCCUACGCCCGCGGAUGCUCCUUCAAGCUGCCGACGACCAUCGACGUGGUCUCGAUGGCGUUUGCUGGUAUUGGCUACGUCAUCUUUCUCGGCACGUUCAUCUGUGCGCUCGACAUGACGUCCGUGAGCCACGCGUACAUCUUCAACAACUGCCACUCGCUCCUCCUCGUCCUCGGAAAGCUCGUGUUCCGCCAGCCC